GGCAUUUCCAUCCAAAAGAUGAAAAAUAGAAAGAAAAGUCGGCCAGUGGCAGACGAAAACGUUGGUCGUCCCUCUCCUUCCCCGCCGACCCUUUCUUAUCACCCCCUUCUGCCGCCACCGCCGCCGGAACCCCGAUUCCAUGGCUCCCCCCUAGAUCCCCAAGAUGCUAAGGUCUACGGCGGUCAUCAACGCACGCCGUCCCGCUGUCGCCACCCUCCUCGCCUCCCGCCCCUCCUCCUCCUCCUCCGCCGCCGCUGCCGCCGUCCCCACUCUCUCCGAAACCCCAACCCUGGAAUUCUCCGACCCCUCCUCCCAGCUCUUCUCGAUUCUCUCCCGCCCCAGCUGGCUCAGCGACCCCGGACUCCGGCGUCUCGCCCCCUCCCUCACCUCCGGCCACGUCGCCGAUCUCGUCCGGACCCGCCCUCUCGAUCCCCAUACCGCCCUCUCCUUCUUCGACUGGAUCGGCCGCCAGCCGGGGUUCCGCCACUCCGUGGAGUCCUACUCCUCCAUCCUCCAAGCCCUCGCCCGAUCCAAACUCCUCGGCCCCGCCAACAAGAUCGCAAUCUUCAUGAUAAAAUCCUGCUCCUCCGCCGAAGAAAUGAGAUCCAUUCUCGAUUCAAUCAAAGCCCUGGAUAGAUUCGGCUUCACGCCGACCCUCCGGUGCUUUAACACGCUGCUUAUGGCCCUCGCGAGGUUCGCGAUGAUCGCCGAGAUGAAGGAUUUGUUCGAAUCGAUGCAGAAAGGUGAGAUCUUUCCGAACAUUUAUACGUAUAAUACCAUGAUCAAUGCCUACUGUAAGGAGGGGAACCUCGGCGAGGCGAAGAUCUAUCUGCGCUAUUUACUGCAAGCUGGAUUGAGCCCCGAUACACAUACUUACACUUCUUUCAUAUUGGGGUACUGUAGGAGUGGGGAUUUGGUUCGGGCAUGCCGAAUAUUCUUGUUAAUGCCACUGAGGGGUUGCCCAAGGAAUGAGGUGUCCUACACUGUCCUCAUUCAGGGGCUUUGUGAGGCUGGCUGCAUAAACGAGGCUUCCUCAUUGUUACCAAGAAUGCGAGAUGAUGGUUGCGUGCCGGAUGUGUACACAUACACGGUGAUGAUUGAUAGCCUCUGUAAGGAGGGGAGGGUUGAGGAUGCGGAAGUUAUGCUUAAUGAAGUUUCUGGGAGAGGUUUGAGGCCUAAUGUUGUUACUUACAAUGCUAUGAUCGAUGGGUAUUGCAAGGCAGGGAAGAUUGAUGCUGCUUUUGGAGUUUUAGGGUUGAUGGAAUCGAAUGCAUGUAAACCAAAUGUGAGGACUUAUACUGAAUUGAUAUGUGGGUUGUGUCAGGAGAGGAAGGUUCACAAGGCAAUGGCUUUGUUGAGUAAGAUGAUCGGGGCUGGCUUGUCACCGAACCUUGUUACAUACACUGCAUUGAUACAGGGGCAAUGCAAGGAGGGUUACAUAGAUAGCGCCCUAAGGUUGCUUGACUUGAUGGAGAGGAAUGGUUUAGUGCCUAACCAGUGGACAUCCUCAAUUUUGAUAGAUGCCCUUUGCAAAGGUGGUAGGGCUGAAGAAGCUUGCUUGUUCCUUGAUUCUUUCAUGCAGAAAGGAGUGGAGGUAAAUGAGGUGGCCUAUACUGCAUUAAUAGAUGGGUUGUGCAAGGCUGGAAAGAUUGAUGUUGCACGUUCGCUGCUAGAGAAGAUGGCUUCAGGGAAAUGCUUGCCAGACAGUUAUACCUAUAGCGCUUUGAUAGAUGGUUUGUGUAGGGAGAACAAGUUGCAGGAUGCCACCUCAAUAUUGGAUGAUAUGUUGGAGGAGGGACUUAAACCCACAGUUGUCACAUAUACAAUUCUUAUUGAUGAGAUGGUGAGAGUAGGAGAAUUUGAAUAUGCUAUGAGGAUUUUAAAUCAGAUGAAUUCUUCGGGUUGCAAGCCUGAUGUGUGCACUUAUACUGUGUUUAUUCGUUCAUUUUGCAAGGAAGGCAGGCUGGAAAAGGCAGAAAGCAUGAUGGUUCAAAUGAAGGCAGAUGGUGUUCUCCCUAAUUCAGUAACUUAUAACACAUUAAUAGAUGGAUACGGAAAUAUGGGAUUGGUUGAUCGAGCUUUUAUUGCUUUCAAGGAGAUGAUUGAUACUGGCUGUGAGCCAAAUGAUGAGACUUAUGUUGCAUUGCUCAAAAUUCUUUUGAAAAGGAAGCAGAUUAGUAGUGUUUCUAUUGAUACUGCUGGUACGUGGAAAAAUUUGGGUAUGGAUACUGUCUUUGAGCUUAUGGAGAAGAUGUCCAAAUGGGGUUACACCCCAACAAUCAACACUUACAGUGCCCUCAUGAAAGGUUUCUGCAAAGUGGACCGGCUGGAAGAAGCAAAAUCUUUGCUAUUUCACAUGCAAGAAUGUCAGAAACCUGCCAGUGAAGAUAUAUACACGAUUAUAAUAAAUUGUUGCUGCAGAUUAAAAAUGUAUAUAGAGGCUUUGGCAUUUAUUGAUUCCAUGACUGAAUGCGGUCAUCUGCCACAUUUAGAAUCUUAUCAGCUACUUCUUUCUGGACUCUGUGAUGAAGGAAGAUUUGAGAAGGCUGCAUCAGUUUUUUGUAGCUUGCUUUCAAGAGGUUAUAAUUGUGAUGAAAUUGCUUGGAAAAUUCUUAUUGAUGCCCUGCUUGAAAAGGGCCAUGUUGAUGUAUGCUCCCAGAUGUUAUCUAUCAUGGAGGAAAGGCAUUGCCGUCCUAGUCCCCAAACAUAUGCAAGGAUGUUGGAGGAAAUCUCUGGUGGAGUUAAUGGGGUUAUAAAGUAAUGCUGAGAGCUGGCUUUAAUAAUCACGAUCUGCUUUCAAGAUGAUCGCAGCGCUGGCUAUAUGGCAUUAUCUUCCCUCUCUUGAAAAGUUGAGGGAAAUGGUAUGGAUAGCAUAGGCAUUCAUAUCACGUGUCCUGUACUAUAUCAGACAGGAUGAGAUGUCUUGACAAUGGAAAAAGUGCACAAAAUUUAGAAGCUACAUUCUCCGACCAUUGAAGAUUCCACAGGUUGCAGAAAACAGAUUUAAUGUAACAUCUAGAGCUUCUUUGAACAACUGAAUAAGAGGUUCUCCCAAAAACUUCUGUUGAAGCUUCAUUACCAAGCACUGCCGAUGGGAGCUGUUUCAUCUUUAAAGUUGACCAUAUUUUUCAAGUGCAAUCGUAGUUGCCAAGGUAUGUAACACAGCAAAACUAAGGCAUAAUUGUGAAACGUCUUGUGCCUGAAUGAGCUUGAUAUAUGAAACAUGUCAAACACAUACAAGGAUAAACACUUCCAUAUUUUUAAAAAAUAAUGUUUGAGUUGUCUUUCCAUUAGAAAUCAAGAAGAAUUUUUAUUUUUAUUUUUUCUUAUGAAAGUAUCAGCAAAUGUAGGAAUUCACGUGUGGCAUAAAAACAUUAUGAUCUUAUCGACAUUCGAAGAUUAUCAUAUGAACGUCACCAAAUGUUCACAAGCAUGGAAAUGAUUGCCGCUUAAUGCCUCAUGAACUUCACUUAUCCCUACUUUGAAUUGUCUCCAUCUGUGGAGCCUAAAAAUAAAGACGAGUAGUUGUGAUGUGGCUCAGCCUUCAUAAGAGUUUUCUAGAAGAAUGGUGCUUGUUACGCACAUAGAUGGUAAAGUACACCAAGGUGUAAAACACGCCCUUUCCAGAUUAAUGUGUGGUCCUUGUGAGAACAGAUGAGUGCUUGCUCUAGGAAAGAGGUGUUUGUGGCUCUCUCUAUCAUCAAAAUGGUGUACCAACUUUGUUAAGCAAGAAGAUUCUGCCACACAUGGAGCUUCCACCAUUCUGGUACGGGCCAUUUGAAACCAUUGUUAUUUUGAACAACCAUCGGUUGGUUCCAAUAAUUAGAAAGUCACCAUGCUUUCUAAUGAAUUUUGUCACUUUGCUAUGCUGCUGUUGAUGAGGGUUUCAUCAGGUUACAGCAUGAUUGGCCACCCCAUGGCUGGGAGCGGUUAGGUUGACCUAUUACUCUAUGAGGGUGAUGCAUCAGGAUGAUGUACUAGAUAUUCAUGAACAAGUAACUCAACUUUGGCACAUGAACUGCGCAUGAAUGCUUGUCACGAUCCGGUAGAGCCUUGCAGCAGCUCAACCAAUGAAAGAAGUGGAUUCAGGACAAGUGAUUCACAGCCCCAUACCUGUUUGAAGUUUGCUCUUAACUGAUAUAAUGAGGGGGUAAGGCCGCUUAUCUUUCAUCUCCCAUUAUUAUUGGAUAGCUAUCUGUGUCAGCCCUUGGGAUGCCAUCUCACUUUAGGUUCUUUAGCUUAGCAUCUUACGCUAGUAGAUAUAGAGUGGCUUUUGCAAACAUCAAGUUGGUGUUCACAUCCCACACCCACCAGUGUCCAUGUUUUGGCAUUAGAGAGAUGAUUCCUACAGACAGGAAAAUUUCUUCACAAAAUUUCUUGUAGGACAUGUAAUUUUUUUCCUAUGCAAAAUUUCUUUGCAUUCAGAUA